AAGUAGCCAGCAGUCUGGCAACCCCGCGAGCGUACGCUUGUGUGUGUCUGUCCGUGUGCGUGCGUGUUUUUUUCCCAAUUUUCCAUUGUAUUUUGUGCUUGCAAAUCGAAGGAACGCAAAUAGGUUUUCACAUAGGAAUUAAGUCGCCAGACAGAAGCCAACCGACAUGUCGCUAUCCAGCCUGCUGCCCACGCCGACGAACGCGGUCUGGGACCGGGAGGACGAGCGUCGCCUGGCCGCCCGCGGAGCCCCGAAGAUCGGAGCCCUGGUCUCCGCCAAAAUCGCAGCUCCGCCGUACGGACAGCGCAAGGAUUGGAUUCCGCGCACGGAUGCCGACUUCGGCGACGGCGGUGCCUUCCCGGAGAUCCAUGUGGCGCAGUAUCCCCUGGGUCUGGGAGCACCAGGAAAUGUGGGCAAGAAAUCCGAUGCCCUCGCCGUUCGCCUGGACGACAAGGGAAAGGUCAAAUACGAUGCCAUAGCGCGCCAAGGACAUGGCAAGGACAAGGUGGUGUACUCGUCUAUCUCGCAACUGCUGCCUGCGGAGGUUUUGGCCGAAGAUGCGGAGGAACUUCAGCGACCGGACGAGGAAACAGUACUGGAGACCACCGAGGAGACUCGCCUGGCGCUAGAAAAGCUGACUAAUCAGAAGAUCACCUCGGCGUUGCCCGUGCGCCAUGCCCAGAAAGCGGGUCCAGCCCAGUACAUCCGCUACACGCCCUCACAGCAGGGUGAUGCCUUUAAUUCGGGCGCCAAGCAACGGGUCAUCCGAAUGGUGGAGGCGCAGCUCGAUCCGAUGGAGCCGCCCAAGUUCCGCAUCAACAAGAAGAUUCCACGUGGACCUCCCUCGCCUCCGGCACCCGUCCUCCACUCGCCGUCGCGCAAGGUGACGGUCAAGGAGCAGAAGGAGUGGAAGAUCCCGCCCUGCAUAUCCAACUGGAAGAACGCCAAAGGUUACACCAUUCCCCUGGACAAGCGUCUGGCAGCUGAUGGACGUGGUCUGCAGCAGGUGCACAUCAACGAGAAGUUCGCCAAGAUGGCCGAGGCACUGUACAUAGCCGAUCGCAAGGCUCGCGAAGCGGUCGAGGCCCGCUCCCAGCUGGAGAAGAAGCUGGCCCAGAAGGAGAAGGAGAAGAAGGAGGAUAUGCUGCGCAUGAUGGCGCAGCGGGCUCGCGAGGAGCGAGCGGGUCUACGCAAUCCAGAGGCAGCUGAGGCAUCGGGUCCCUCAGGUGGUGGAGGAGCCGAGGCGCGUGAACGUAACGAUUUGCGCGCGGAACGGCAACGGGAACGCCAGCGCGACAGAAAUUUGCAGCGGGCGGCCCCGGAAAAGCGGUCGAAACUGCAGAGGGAGCGGGAGCGCGACAUCUCCGAGCAGAUCGCUCUGGGUUUGCCCGCCAAGAGUGCCGGCAAUGGCGAAACCCUAUUCGAUCAGCGCCUCUUCAACACCACCAAGGGCAUGGACUCCGGUUACGGGGAUGACGAGGCGUACAAUGUGUACGACAAGCCCUGGCGCGAUUCCAACACACUGGGCGCCCACAUCUACCGACCCAGCAAGCAGACAGACAGCGACAACUACGGCGGUGAUCUAGAUGCCAUUGUAAAUACCAAGCGUUUUGUGCCAGACAAACAGUUCUCUGGUGCAUCCCGUGAUGCGGCCGCAGGUCAGCGGAGUGGGCCCGUGGAGUUCGAGAAGGAGGAGGAUCCCUUCGGUCUGGAUCAGUUCUUGAACAUGGCCAAAAAGGCGCCCAAGCGAGCCGAGGAGAAGAACAACGAGCGCAGCAGCCAUUCGGAUCGCAAGCGCAGCAGGCGCGAUUAGAUAAAAGCUUUAGCGUGACGAUCACAAUCAUUGCUGCAACCACGUCAUCAUCAUCAUCGUAUACACUAUCAUCAUCCACCAACCAAACAAACUUUUUUUAACUACUCCAAAAACUUGGCGAGAAUUUCAAUAAUAAUCACAGGAUCUUGACAUAACACAAA